AUGUGUAAUACAAAUAAAAUCAAGGACUUGCUAAGCCAGGAUGCAGUGGAUAGCCUGACGAAGCUGGUUGUCGUGAAUGCCAUUUACUUCAAGGGCAGCUGGAACACGCAGUUUAAGGAGGAGAUGACUGCUGAUGCGCAGUUUCGACUGAACAAGAACGACACUAAGCCGGUGAAGAUGAUGCACCAGAAAAGUAAAUUUCCUUUUGCGACCAUUCCUGAGGCCAACUGCAAGAGUCUAGAGAUGCCCUAUAAAGGAAAUGACCUCAGCAUGCUCAUAUUCCUGCCUAAUGACAUAGAAGAUGAUACCACAGGCUUGGAAAAGCUGGAGAAGGAGCUGACCUAUCAGAAUUUUGCGGACUGGACUCGCCCAGACAUGAUGAGCCCCAACGAGGUUGAUGCCAAGCUCCCUCGAUUCAAGAUGGAGGAGAAGUAUGACUUGGAGAAAAUCCUGACCAAAAUGGGAAUGGAGAACGCUUUUGAUAUCUACAAGAGUGACUUCUCUGGAAUGUCUCCAGCAAAUGAGCUGAUAGUGUCCAAAGUUGUCCACAAGGCUUUCGUGGAUGUAAAUGAAGAAGGAACUGAGGCUGCUGCUGCCACUGGGGUUGCCAUGGAAGUCCGCUCUAUAACGAUUCCCGUUGAGUUUGUUGCCGACCAUCCCUUCAUCUUCUUCAUCCGACAUAAACCCACCAAGAGCAUUCUCUUUGUGGGCCGGUACUGCUCACCCGAGUAAACACUAGCUGACAUUGACAUGAAUUAAACAUAAUACAUUA